UGAUAGAAAACCUUUGGGCCCAGAAGCAAAAACAAAACCUAUAAAAUGCUGGUGACUUACUGACUGACUCGUGAGCUUUGCCAAAAUGCUAUCCAAAGGAGUGGGAACGAUGGCAACAACGGCGGCAAGAUCUUUAUCCAUACCUCACAAUCCCAGGCAUAAACUCAAACGGGUUUUCACUCCUUUGUCAUUUUGUUCCUCGGCAACCAGAGCAAGAAAGCUGGUUCUCUACUCAAAGCCUGGGUGUUGUUUGUGCGAUGGCCUCAAAGAAAAACUCCAGGCCGCCUUUUCACUUUCCGGCCCAGACUCGCUCCACGACGUCACUUUACAGGUGAGGGAUAUUACCGGCAAUCCUGAAUGGGAGAAGGCAUACCAGUAUGAGAUACCUGUUUUAGCCAAAGUACUCUCUGAUGGCACCGAGGAAAUACUGCCUAGAUUAUCUCCUCGACUUGGGGUGGAGCUCGUCCAAAAGAAGAUAUCCGCUGCUUUUAGACAGGGCAUUUCGUUGCACCAAAAAGGAAAAGAAAAUGAUAAGGAUGGUACAAGAGAUGAAGAGUUCAAGCCACCUGCAGCUGUCGCUGGUCAUUGAAGAGGAUUACUACCAUCGAUAUAUGACUUUAUGCAAAAUGAAGAAAGUAGAUAACAAGGAAUUGAAUAUUACUUCAAAGUAGGUUACCAUUGUUGCAAGUGACUGGAUCGAGAACCUACCUGACUGAUUCCAAUUCCCACUAUGCAUCUUUUGCACCAAUAGGAACUUCCAUGUUGAGAGAGGUUCUAUCUUUUACAGCAAUGCUGUGUCCUUUUAGCAAGAUUCUAUGAAACUUGACCAUAUGUUUGAUUGGGGCAUAGAGCAUUUUCACAGGUGGUGUAGUGUUCAAUAAACUGGAGGGUCAAGAUAAGUAGAUUUGUCUCGAUUCUUGACCUGUCAUCUUGAAUGAUAAGUAACUACCAGUCGAGGGUUGAUCAUCUUUGCAAAGUUGAAUGGUCUUCAUCCUCGCAUUCUCAUCAUAUCUGGCAACGGAAUAUGAUAAACUGUCAGGUUCAGUAACAUGUCGUGCACGCACCCCUUUGGUAUCUUCUCUUCCAUUACCAAGGGAAAAGCAGCUCAUUCUUCUCAACAGUCACGCAUGAUCUCUCACUUCAAUCAUUCUAAAGAAACCAAUAUAAUAUCAACCUCUCAAAUAAAAGUUUUUCCACUUUGGAUUGCCUUGUGCUUUCUACCAACAGGACAGAAGUCAUCUCUGCUUUAUCAGUGUCUAUAUUCUCUAAGUAAUUUCACAAGCCCUGGUUCACCCAAUCCAACUAUAAUGUUUUCUUAACUACUACAUUGUGGUUUUAGCAUAAAAAUUGCAAAUAACAUUAAUUUCAAAACUUUUGCACUAUGCAUUCUAUGAUUUGUAUCUCAGCAAGGCACUUUAUAUGCCCUAUUUUUUUAAGAUUUCUUUUUAAUUUUUUUAAAUGAUCCAUAUGUAUUUAAUUAUAGGAAAGCAUACAAGCAUUUGAAAAUUAAAUGAAAACAAUCAUUUAGCUACAAAUUCAUACCAUAUCAGUUAUCAGCAUAGAACUAACCCGAGGAACAAGGCCAAUCAUUUUCCUAGGUGCCAAUCCGUUCAUCCCUUUAAUCAUGCAACCCAAACUUUAUAGUCCAAGCAACUUUCUCAUAUACUUUUUCCUUUUGGUCUAAGACGUAAGUCUCACAAAUAUAUUUGAGUCGGUAUCUAGCCUUAUCCGAUUCAAAUAGUUUGGGAGAUCUGAUUGACCAUUUUUUUUCAUGCCAAUACAGGAAUAGGCAAUUUGUCAUCUGUUUGAAACUGAGAGAUAGUGAUAAUUUGCAAUUUACUGAUGUAGUGUUCCACUGAGAAAGCCCAAGUUCACCAAUUGAUCUUGCAAUUGUGUUCUGAUGGAUGAGAGCCUGUAAAGGUUGGUACAAUGGCUUUCGGCUUGUUCAACCAUAGUUUUGAAAUGACUUCUCCAAUUGUUUGCCAGCCACAGGUUGCAGGAAGGAUUACAGGAUAGCUGAAAUAGUGGAUUCCAAUUGGUUUAUCAGAAGAAUUCCCACUAAUUAUCUCAAAAAAAAAAAAAUCAUUUCAGGAUCCUGGAAGCUGAAAGCCACCAAAAUGAUUUAUAGGCUAUCUCAACUUGUACAUUGUCCUAAGACUCUCUACCCUCAAGCACAGGCUUUGACAAGGAAAAAGGCACCAGUAUCAUCAUUUUCUGAUGUCAAUUACUGAAAGGAGACAAUGUUUCAAGAAGUGAUGGAAUAAAACAUUAGCGAAAGAAAGCAAUCAAACAAGAAAAUCUCAUGCAAAAACAGGUUGUCUCUUACACGGCACGAUGGAAAGGCUGAUUGAGGCUUAAAGCAAAGAAAAGUAGUCUUACUGUCUUUUUUGACCCAUUUUCCCGAGCGACAUGUUACUUUUUCAUGUUUGCAAGUUUGGUCUCCCAAACUCUAUUUGUUGAUCAUGGACUUAAGCUGGUUUUUGCAUAAGUUCCUUGCUCCCUUGGCAUCUUAAAGCAAAUUAAAUUGAGCUGUGUGGCACAAUAAUUGGCUACCCUAUUUCGAACCAGAUCAGUUCAAAUACCAGUCUGUUUUUGCCAUGGCUACACGAGAUUGUCAUCAAUGAAUUCUUCAUAACAAAACUGAACUUAUAUAUA